AUGGCUCUCUACCCAUUCAUCACUCUCUUGCUUCUUCUCUCGUCAGUCCCGCCAAAUGACGGCGUAUUUUUGUGUUUCUUACGCAAAGACACGGGUGGAGGUUUUACUGAUCACCUCUACAGAGCUCUGAUUCGAUCAGGAAUCGACACUUUCAAAUACGAAAAGGGAAUUCGAAGAGGAGAAAACAUGAAAUUAGCAAUAGACAGGGCAAUAAAUAAAUCAAAAAUAUCCGUGAUUGUGUUCUCCAAGAACUAUGCUUCUUCAACAAGGUGCCUCAAUGAGCUUGUGACUAUCAUGGAACGUAGGAGAACUGCUGGACAUGUUGCAAUUCCCAUUUUUUACAAAGUGGACCCAGCCGAAGUCGAAGAGCAGACAAAGAUAUAUGGCGAAGCAUUUGCUGAACACGAAGAGCGAUUCAAGGAGGAGAUGGAUAAAGUGGAGCGAUGGAGGGCAACCCUUAAAGAAGCAGCAAGCCUUGCAGGGAAGGUUUUACAUCACAGGUUGUGUGAGGUAAAAUUUAUUGCAGAAAUAGUUGAACUUGUUCGAACUAAACUGAAAAAUGUUGUGGAAGUUGUUGAAAAAGAACAGAACGAUACAGUUAGGAACGAUGCUCCAAAUUUUAUUUGGGAUAGAUUCUUGGUUAUCAAACUCGGGGGUUUCUUGCUAUUCAUUGUUCUAUCGAUGGUCUUUAUUUCCAGAGUUUCUCUGUUUGGAAGAACAGACUAUGCAUUCGUGAGCAUUGGAGGGACAGACACGGAAGAAUUUACUUCUGAUCUCGAUGAGGCUUUACGUCAAUCAGGAAUUCACACUUACAGAGACCAUACUAGAAUUAAGAGAGGGGAAGAUACUUGGUUAAGAAUCCGAAAUGCAAUUUACAUUUCAAAAUUAUCAAUAAUAGUGUUUUCUAAGAAAUACCCUGCUUCAAAAUGGUGCCUGGAUGAGCUUUUAGUGAUCAUGGAACGUAAGAGAAAUGAUGAUGGGUACGUUGUGGUGCCAAUUUUUUAUGAUGUGGAUCCAUCGGAAGUUCAGAAGCAGACAGGGGCAUACAGGCAUGCAUUUGCUAAGCAUGAAAACUACUUCAAGGCACGUUUAGUGAAGGACUGGAGGACAGCUCUUGAACAAGCUGCAGACCAGAGCAAAAAUCAUCAAUCUUUACAAGACAGGCUCAGAGAUGCUGCAGAAGAUUGUGGAGAGUUUGAUCGGCAAGCGGAGAACGACAACCAAACGCUUGAGAAGCGAAAAGAAAGGAAGGAGGGAGGAAAAUUGCGAUCUUUGAGCAAGCAAAGCAAUGGAGUAGUAUGA